AUGUUAAUUGAUGAUAGACAAGUGAGUUUAAAUUCAAAAUGGUCGAAAUUAUUUCAACAAAAAAAUCGUUUAAUAAUAAUGGUGUUGAUAUCUGUAAUAAUAAUUAGUCUUAUAAUAACAACGAUUACAUUUGUUGUUUUAUGGAAUAAUUCAAAAUCUUAUUCUAAUUCUAUAUAUGCUGUUGAUAAAGGUACUAUAGGUUUUCCUAUUCGUUUACCUAAUGAUGGAAAAUAUAUUCAAUGGACAAUUUUACAAUUAAAUGAUGUUUAUGAAAUGCUUCCAUUAGAUCAAGGACGAAAAGGUGGUUUAGCUCGUGUUGCUCAUGUUCGACAAUUAUUAUUAGAAGAAAAUCGUCAAACAUAUACUAUUUUAGCUGGAGAUUUUCUAUCACCAUCAGCAUUAAGUCAAUCAAAAGUAAAUGGAACAACAUUAAAUGGACGACAAAUGAUUGCAGCUAUGAAUACAUUAGGAAUAGAUUUUGUUAUAUUUGGUAAUCAUGAAUUUGAUUUAAAUGAAACCGAAUUAAUUUCAAGAAUAAAUGAAUCAAAAUUUACUUGGAUUAGUUCAAAUGUAUUUAAAAGUGGAAGUGAUCAACUAUUUUCAUCAACUAUUCGAUAUAAAAUAUUAUCAAUUGAUAAUAUUAAUAUACUUUUAAUUGGUUUAACAAUUGAUAUAGAUAAACCAUAUAUUCGUAUUAUUAAUCAAACAUCACUUAUUCCAUUUGUUAAACAAUUUCUUACAUCAAUAUCAAAUAUAAAAUAUGAUGUUUUAGUUGCAUUAACACAUUUAGAUUUGAAAACAGAUAUACAACUUGCUGAACAUAUACCUGAAAUUGAUUUAAUAUUAGGUGGACAUGAACAUGAAGAUUAUUUUUUAGCACGAGGUUUACAAUAUAUUCCAAUAACAAAAGCUGAUGCAAAUGCAUUUACUGUUUAUAUUCAUCGAUGUGCUUUUAAUGUUGAUACUAAACAAUUACGUAUUUAUCGAACAUUAACACAAAUAAAUUCACAAUUAGAAGAUGAACCAAAAACAGCUGAAGUUACUAAUUAUUGGUAUGAUUUAGGUAUAAAAGGUUUUCAACAAAUUGGAUUUCAACCUAAUAAAACAGUAUCUUGUUUACCAACUAAUAUUGAAUUAGAUGGUCGUUCAACAUCAGUAAGAAAUUUUCCAACAUUAUUAACAGAUCAUGCAUGUCAAAGUAUUUUAAAUUCAACAUCUGUAAAUGGAACAAAAAUUGCAGUUUUUCAUACAGGAUCAAUGCGUAUUGAUGAUAUUCUUCGAGGAACAAUAACACAAUAUGAUAUAUUACGUGUAUUUCCUUUUCAAGAUACUCUUUUUUCUCUUUCUGUAACUGGUUCAUAUCUUGCUAGUGUAUUAACUCAUGGUAUGUCAAUGAAAGGUAGUGGAGGAUUUCUUUCAUACUGUGGAAUUCAAAGUCAAGAUCAAGGAAAAACUUGGUUCGUAGAUGGAUUAGAUAUUUCAAAAACUGCUCUUAAUUAUUCUCUUGGUACAAUAAGUUAUCUCAAAAAUACAGAAUUUAACAAUCCAUCUGUUACCGUGUUGAAUGAAUUCAAUAAAACAGAAACACAAAGUUUAAUUGAGUAUUUACAAGCUAAAUAUCCACCAUGUUAA